AUGGCUUCUCACUGUUUCCAAGAAAAAACAUUUGGAAAGCUUACCUAUUGUGAUCGUUGUAAUGGUUUACUAUGGGGACUUGCAAAGCAGGGUGUAAAAUGUGCUGAUUGUGGAUAUGUUUGUCAUCAAGGUUGUACCGAUUCUGCUCUACCAUGUUCUCAACAAUCGAAUAUACAAACUACAGCUUUUUCGUCACGAGCUCAACAACAUUUACAAAGACUCCGUCAUCUUCAUCCUACAACAACAAAGUCAACCACUUCUACAGAAACACCUAUACAACCACCUUUGGAUUUGGUGAAAGAAUUAAUCACUCCUGAAUACAUUGAAAAAUCUUUAGUAUCAGCGGCUAUUCAAUCUUUUGAUACUUCUUUACCUGUGAACGAUUAUCUUGCUACGUUACCUCCUUUGAAUCCUCAAGCCACUGCCAAGAAUUUCUCUCGUUUUGUUUCUCGAUGUGGUCCUAUAUUCGGCUUUCGGGACAAAGUCAUUCUUUUACUUAGUUGGGAUAAACCUAUUGAUACCUUUGUAGCGCUGGUAGCUUACUGCAUUGUUUGUUUUUAUCCGAAAUUACUUUUAUUCAUUCCUCAAUUGAUUCUUCUUCAAAUUCUGGUAAAUGGGUAUUAUAAACGAUACGGUAGAAAUCAACGGAGACGAUCAAUAACUGAAAGUGGAUACAAUAAGGAUUCAAGUGGUACUUCUGGUGGAUCUAGUCUACGAUCAGCAUUUGCAUUUAAUCUAGCCACAGCGUUAUUUCCAGUGUUUGAUGAAACCAGUCCAGAAUAUGGCCGCAAUCUUCAAAACAUGCAAAAUAUGAUGGGGGAAACAAGUGAUCUUUAUGAUUUGGUACAAUCUCAUGCUCACUAUUUUGACUGGUCUGAUGAACAGAUGUCAUUACAUAUACUUCAAGGUGUAUUGGUAUCUAUGGUAGUUGUCUCUCUUGCAGUUUACUUUAUACCUUUCCAUUUGAUUUGUUUGAUUGGUGGCGUUGGUAUGUUUAUGAUCAACACUCGGUUUUGCAAAUAUUUACUCAAGGAAUGGGUACCAACAUUGACUCUACUUAUUGAAGGUCUAAUGCCUUGGAUGGAAAAACAAAAUAGAAAAUUGGAGCACUUUAUUCAAGAUCAAGAUCGAGUGCGUGAAAUUUCUCUUUAUGAAAAUCAAUGCUUAUCCAAUCAGGAUAAAAAAACUUGGACAGAUAUAAUGCCUAAUGGAAUUGGACCAUGGUCAGAUUAUAGUGGUAAACAUAAAUUACCUUCAAACAAGCAAAAAUCUAUCGCACCUGAUCAUUAUGAAUGGAUACAAGAUGAAUGGAAAUUGGAUACAAUCGGAUGUUGGAAUGAAGAAACGUUAUGUCUCGAACUUUUGAUGAAACCUGAUAAGGAUGGAUGGGUUUACUUUGAUCAUUUAUGGUGUAAUCCAAGUGAUAAAUUCAUACAAGGAAUUACUACAACAAGACGUAGAAGAUGGAAACGGGAAUGCCAACGAAUAGUUUAG